AUGAUCGCUUAUCUGAAAGUUGCCUCGAUCGCUCUUCUGGCGCUGCUUGAUCUUACCGUCGCACGCCCGUCAGACUGUCGCCCGAACACAUGGCUAAAUCUCAAGCCCAUCCCAGUUCCACGACAAGAGCACUCUACUGUCGCUCUCAAUGAAACCACUAUCGCCGUCAUCGGAGGUGUUCAUAUAGAAGGAGCUUCCGCCAGCAGUACUGACCUGGUGCAGUUCUACGACAUCCCAUCCGACACCUGGCGCAACGGAACCUCCAUCCCGUAUGGUAUCAAUCAUCCCAAUGCCGCGGCGGUGAAUGGCAGGAUAUAUCUAUUGGGUGGCCUCACGGACGGAGCGCUAUCUCCUGGGGAGUAUAUCAACUGGGUCGCUACAACGGGGUCGUUCCUCUAUGACCCCGCAACCGAGACGUGGUCAGAAUUGGCCCCCCAUGCCGAACGGAACCGAAAGAGGCAGUGCGAUUGUCGGCGUACACAACGACAUAAUUUAUCUCGCGGGCGGCAUGACCGUGCUUCAGAAUUACCAAGACUCGCUCACAACGGUCAACGCUUUCAACACAACCUCCGGGUCAUGGAUUCGACUUCCCCCGCAGCAGCGAACAUUCCGGAAGGCCGUCAGCACGGCACGGGAGGUGUGAUCGGGAAUAAGUUCUAUGUCGUUGGGGGCCGUUGGUUCGGCCAGAUGAACGUCCGAGGAACUGUUUACGAGCUUGACUUGACAAACCAAGAGGCGGGAUGGAAGACGAGCCCAUUCCACAUGCCAGUUCCACGUGGCGGGCUUGCCGGCGGCAUCGUCGGAGAGAGGAUCUAUACUUUUGGCGGCGAGGGAGAUCCAAACACUAUAACCGGCGUGUUCAAUCAGUCUGAGUCUUACGAUGUUAAGUCUAGGCGUUGGUCUGAGCUUAAAGACAUGGCGGUGCCCCGUCAUGGAACUUCUGCUGUCGCCAUCGGCAACAAGGUCUAUAUCCCUGGAGGUGGCUUGCAACAGGAUGGGAAGGUAGUGGAUUAUAAUGGUACAUUGAAAAUCAGCAAUCAGUCAAAUCGGCUCGAUGCGUACUGUGUCUAG